CACAUGAUAAUGUUCAUAAUAUCAGUGAACUAGGACUCUAUGUUAUGCUUUAGUACAUUUAGUUGCAACUUGGUCUGUUCCGUUUAAUACCUUAACCCGGGUUCACGCUAUGGCAUCCAAGGACACGGCAAAGGCAAAGAUGAAUCAAAAGAGGGGAAGAGAGAAAAUAAUAAGAAUAAAACAACACAAAAAAAAGAAAAAGACAGGACUUCAAUGGGAAAUUGAACCCAACCCGAUUCGAACGGAUAACCUUCAGGAAUCCCCUAUACUGGAAUCUGACGCGCUACCGUUGCGCCAUGGGUCCUCGGAAUGAUGGUUCCGUCGCGACGAACACAAGAUAAGGCCGGCAAUUGUUCAUUCCGCAGCC